GUUGUGUCCCUGGCGCAUAGCAUAACCGAAAGUGGUACAACCUUCAAGCAAUGGACAGAGCCUUUGCACCAAAAAUGAAGGUGGCUUUCGUGACAGCGGCACUUGCCGCUUCUCUUGAUAGCGAAUGUUGCGCGUACUCUGUUGUUAGAGGAAAUCUGGACCGUGAACCACCGGCACAUCCUCUAGACGAGGAGUAUCCCGUCAACACUCUCGACGUUAAAGCUCCUAAGGCGCGGCAAAUCAUGUAUGAAGAAGGCGUCCCGGAUGUCUUUCCUGUGAAUCAACCAGGGGAGCAAUACCUGCCAGAUUCCCACAAUGACUACGCAGAGUACGUCAUCGUGAAUUCGCCGAACACGACCGUGCGCAACUUUGGCACAAACGCGAACAAGAACGUUCUAAUUAAUAACGCCAGAGGACCAGUGCGCGUCGAAUUCUCGACUCAUGCCCCUUCAACAGCGACCCUAAAAACAUUCGAUAAUACGGGAACAGCCAUGGUGGAAGGGCAGCCGCCCUCACUCGCGUGAUAAACCAAAUAUCUUUCCACUUGUUGUCCCUUACUUAAUCGUGAAGAUAUCGUUUUCGAGACUUGGCAGUAUAAUACGUGACCCCCAAAAAGGAAAGUAUGAGUGUUUCCUUAAAGGAAUCCCUGUGUACGCUCCUGCAUCAACACCCGUCACUGAAUGUUUAACUCCAGCCAGGCAGUAUCUAACAAAGAAUCUGAGUGGCAA